CGGAUGUACUUGUGUAGUACUUCCCCUUCACGUCAAAACAUCUGCAUGGUGGAAACACAGUUAUCCAGACUUUAUUUUGACAGAAAAUCGUCUUUAUAACAGCCAUGCCGGGACCAGACAAAGAGACAGACCUGACGGAGAGAAUCGAAGCGUUUCUGUCCGACCUGAAGCGCGGGGGCAGCGGGACGGGGCCGCUGCGGGGCUCGGCGGAGACAGCCCGGGAGACGACAGCCCUGCUCCGGAGGAUCACAGCCCAGGCCCGGUGGAGCAGCGCAGGUGAUCUGAUGGAAAUAAUCCGUAAAGAGGGGAGGAGAAUGACGGCCGCUCAGCCGUCUGAGGCCACUGUCGGAAACAUGAUCAGACGGGUGCUGAAGAUCAUCAGAGAGGAAUAUGCCAGGUGA